AUGCCACCACCAACAACCAAUGCAUCCUCUUCUUCCUCUUCCUCCUCUACCGUCACACCAGCACAGACAACAACGGCGGCAGCACCAUUGCCACAAACUCCCUCCAGUCGCAUGUCAGAGCAUCAAAUCAACAUCGAACGCAAUCACCGCACCCUACCCCCUCAAUUCCACUCCACCCCGCCAUCCAAAUACCCCUCCAUUCCUCGUUUCACUCCUGCUAUCCCAAGCCGGAUGGGCGGGAACUAUACCCCUAAUACCCAACAAGGCUCUGGCACCAACAACAGCGGAAACAACGGAAGCAGCAAUAGCAGCAGUUAUACCCAAAACGGCAACGGUUACAACCACAGGAACGGGACUAGUAGUGCUUCGAGUUCUCCACCAGGCACUCCUCCCAGUGGUCUUCGCAAUUAUUAUCUGAGUGCUGCUUAUCAACGGUCGCAGCAUCACCUUUAUUCGAAGGGGUCCUCGGCACUCCCAUCCAACACCUCCUCGCAACAGCAACAGCAGCAACAGCAGCAGCGGCCAGCCCUGUCGACUGGAGCACACCGGCAGCAACAGCAACAGCAGUAUGGAGCUCGAGUCCAGGUCCCUGAACCAGCGGUCGCUCGUCGGUCUUACUCUGCUGAUCAUUUGCAGGUACCCGAGACAGAUCUUGCAACCGGUGGAAUUCUCCAAUCAACCGAGAACCACGUCAUGAUCCUCCAGAGGGCACUGUCAAGGCUGAUCGAGAAGAACGAGCAAGACGAGGAUGAUGGCGAGGAGAACAAGGAUCGACAUGCUGCCACCGCCAUUACCACUGAAGGAGAGAACACACCAACCACCAAGACAGGAUCCAUCUCUUCUUCUUCGUCCACACCUCCAGGAACACCCCCUCACCGUAAGGUUGUUACCAAGUACCUCAAGGUCGAAACUGAGCGUCUGGAUUCUGAGAAGGCGGCUGCUAUCACUCUAAUGGCCGGAGAAUCGGAUAUCACUCUCGCACCACCCACCACGACGACUGCUGCACCUGUGACCGAGAUCUCGGAGAAGGAUACCCAGAAGCAGGAACAAGAAAAGCCCAAGAAGAAAACUGGUCGGGUCUCGAUCUUUUUGCAGAAGGAUGGACUCGACUUGCCCCUGCCUUCCACCACACCUCUGUCGACUGAUUUGAGGAGACAGCCCUCCAAGGCGGGUGUUCUGAGCAACCUGUUGAAGCUCCAAGGCAUUGGUCGUCAACAAAAGCAACACCGCGCACCAAAGGUCAAGACAACAAAGGAAAAAAAGAAGCGACCGACCAUGUACAGCCGCUCAGCAAACGUAUCGACUGCAUCCCUCGCCACCAAAUCCGUCUUUGGAACCUACCCUCCCUUGCCCGCCACACCUUCUCAACAGCAGCAAGGGUCGACAUCUCUCUCAAUCUUCCACCCAACCCCUCGCAACAACAACGGGAACAACAGUGGGACCAACAGCAACCGUCAAUCGGCCCAUUUUGACAAUGUCUUUGCUCAGUCGUUCUCGGUCAUGAACUCGCCCCUCCAAUCGCCCAACAUAUCGCCUCGCGGAUCCUUCUCUGGUGGCGAAAAUACUCCUAACGGAUUCUACUUCACGCCGGCCGCCAGCGGUGCCACCAGUCCCAACAGUCCCUAUGGAGCUCCUCUUUCAAGCGAGGAAAAGAUGCUGAUCACCAUUGCGGUCGCCGAUAUUCUGGAGCGUCAGGAUUUUAUUCUGAGGCUGGCAAAGUCGUUGAUCAAGUACGGAGCUCCCUCGCAUCGACUCGAGGAUGCAGUCGACCAUGCUGCCAAGACACUCGAGAUCAACCUGCAGUGCGUCUACCUCCCCAACGUCAUGAUAGUCUCUUUCACCGACUAUGAAACUCACACCUCCGAGACCCACUUGCUCAAGGUCCCUGCUGGUCUGGACAUGUACAAGUGUGCGAUGGUUCACCAAGUCCAAAAGAUGGUCACCCACUCCUCCAUGCCUUUCGAAGAAGCCAUUAUGAAACUGGACGCGAUCAACACCGAGAAAGAUGCCAACGGCCGCUGGAUCACCGUCUUGGCCUAUGCCGUCGCCGGAUUCUGCACAGCACCCAUGUUCUUCAAGGGCAAUUGGAUCGACGCCUCCAUCUCAUUUUUCAUGGGCGCCGUCGUCGGUUUGCUGGUCUGGCUCUCUGAAAAAGUCCCCAGCUACGCACACAUAUGCGAUGUCACCAUGUCUAUCGUCGUCGCCUUUGUCGCCGAAGCCCUCCACCACCACAACGUCUGCACAUCCGCCAUCAAAUUCGCGGGUAUUGUCAUCCUCCUCCCCGGAUACACUAUCACCUGUUCGAUCCUCGAAAUCAGCUCCCGCCACAUCAUCUCCGGUUCUGUCCGCCUCUUUUAUGCAGUUGUAUUUUCUCUCCUCCUCGGAUACGGUCUGACCAUCGGCGCUUCCCUCUGGUACCUCUUCGACCACUCCAACCGCGACGACGAAUCCAAAUUCUCUGCAGAAUGCCCUAACGCACCCCUGAACCCACUCUGGAAUAUCCUCUUCGUCCCCUUCUUUGCAAUCUCGCUCAACAUCUGGCUCAAAGCCCACCCUCGCCAAUGGCUUCUCGCCACCGUCCUCUCCAUCGUCGGGUACGCGGUCUCCUAUACCUCCGCUGUCUAUGGCGGCGCCAAGACCGAAGUCUCCUCAGCCCUCGCCGCAUUCGCUAUCGGACUCUGCGGAAACAUCUAUCAACGCCUCACCCGUCAAUUGACCUUCCAGGCGGUUGUGUGUGCAGUCUUCUUUUUGGUCCCGGGUUCGAUUGGAUUGAAGGGUGCGAUGGCUUGGUUCACGGAGGACAUGUCGGGUGGAAUCAACUUUGCGCUGCAGAUGGUAGUCACUGCGAUUGCUAUCAGUGUCGGGCUGUUUACUUCUGCGUUAGUGGUAUAUCCCAUGGGCAAGACUCGGUCUGCUCAGAUGACUUUUUAG